GUACAGCGGGGAAUUCCAGGAGCCAUCCCGCUCCGCUGCAGUCGCUAUUCCCUCCCCACUCCCUCUCUUCCCUCCGCCUCCUGUCGUCACCCUGGACACGUGUGAGGGAGCUGAAUAACAACUAAAGCUCUGUCGCGGGGCUUCAUAAUCCUGGAAUGAACGGCCGCAUCUGUGUUGCUCCGGAGGAUGCAAUAAGUAGCCGGGAGUGGGAAAUUCUGCCCGUAAUCCCUCCCUGCCUGCCUUUCCUUCAGCCGACCACGGGAACAUGAAGGCUGCCUGUCUCCAGCUGCAGCUGUGGGCCCUGUGCCUGGUGACCCUGGCUGGAGGGCAACCCAGAGCACCUUUGAAGUGUUCAGUGGAGUGCUUAACUUUUACAAAGCAGUUAGAGGAGAAGAGGAUCAGGGGCUACCGCUUGACCGAACCCAGCUGCAAAAAAAGUGCCACCAUAUUUAUUACUGUGAGGUCCAGGGAGAUUUGUGCAAAUUCAAGUGAAGAAUGGGUGCAGAAGAUCAAAGACAAACUGGAUGGGAUCACAGUGAUGCCACCACGUGCUGUCACCUCAGCAGAAAAGCCUGGUAAUGUUGAGAGACAUAUUGGUCUUCCAGAAACGGCUCCAUCUCAAGCCACUGCUCCAGCUAGUUUCUUCCAAGGAACUGGAACAACAGUUAGGGAGAGAAUACAUGCUCCUUCUGCCAGAACAGAGGUGUCCAGCAAGUCCCCAGUGGGCAGGCAGGACCCCACUCAGCUCCCUGCAGAAUGCACCCCCGUGGUACAGGAAGAGGCUGUGCCCUCUGAGGUCACUCCAGAAGCAAAGAGAGAGUCCUCAGUGUCUCCUUUGUCUUCAGCAGCUGUUGCAGCAGGCAUGGGCCCCAGCCAGCCCACCCCACACCCCACUGUUCAAGAUACAGCUUCUCCUAACUCAAAUUCCAACCUGAUGCCUGCUACUAAAGAAUCAGACCAACCUGUACUUUCUCCAAGUGGAUCUCUGGACCCUACAAGUGCCAGAGCCAGCACACCAGACACUGCUUCCAGCAGCUCUAGAUCAGAUCUCCCCUCCUUCUGGGACUCUAUGAAGACCACAACAGACACAGAGAAAACACCACAGGCUACUUCACUUUCUACUCUAAGCCCCACCUCUGCCAUAGACAAAGCUGCUUCUACCCAUACCAACAGGGUUGUUGGUACUACAACAUUUGAGCAUUCAUUGCCUGUAGGGAAGCAAGAGCCUUCAGACCCAGUUGUUUUAACUCACCAGGCAUUCUCAGGCCAAGCCAGAGUGCAGAUGAUCACAGUCAGGCCAAAAAAUCUGCCUCUGCCCAGCUUCUUGUCAAAGUCCCAAAUGCACUUUAUCAUCCCAGUUUCUGUAGUAUGUGGACUGAUGGUUAGCAGUGUUGUUCUUGUAUGGGUGUAUCUGAAAUUUGGAGUCAAACCAGAAGAAACGUCAAGAGAAAUGGUACAGGGCUUGCUCUACCAGCAGGCAGGACACCAAGAGAAUGUCUAUCCAAUGGAAGUAAUAUGAAUGUUUCAUGGCAUGGACAUUUCUGGUCUCAACUGUAUGUGUGUUGCUGCAGAAAAGCUGUUCACGUUGAACUGGUGACCAGUAGGAAGCAAGCCUGGGAAUAAAAAUCACAAAGAAAACGGAUUUUUUUUGUAGAGCAGAAUGCCCAACAAUAUAUCUACUUCAUCACUGACCAAUCACAGUGUUUUGGAAAUAAGAGAGACAUUUCUUUUCUACUGGCAGUGUUAUGUACAAAAGCUGUGGCUGUUCUAUUGCUGUUGGUGGCUCUGUGCCAGGCAGUGCGAUUUUCAAAGUUGUUGUUGGGAAUUUUUCUGUGGUUCAUCGUGGUCCAGGCACGAAGCCACUCACCUUCCCACACUGCUGGACUUGGGCUCAGCCACCUUGAGCAAUCAUAAUACCAAACCCACACAAUUUGCACUUAAACUCUCUGCUGCUUCUUUCUUUGCACUUCAGGUCUCUGCUCUGUCAGACCAAGACUGGAGCUGGUGGCCAGCUGGGUGCUGGCUCUCCUUGGGCUGGCUGAAUUUACUCUCAUCAUUUUCUCUUGCUGGAGACACGAGGGAUAGCCCAGCUUUUCAGAAAUAGUUGACCAACACUGCAUCUGAUCAGGGGACUGAAGGUCAGUGCUACAGAUCUUAUAUGCAGAGAAGCUGGCAACCCACAUCUGUCUCCUCCUUGAAAUCAGGCCCUUCCUUUUAGGAGCUAUGGAUAUUUCUUCUUGCAGAUGAAUUCUGAGAGCUGGGUCUUGGCAAAUCAAUGCAAUAAAACACUUCUGCCAGCUGAUGAACCUUGUGUCCAGCUGCAUCCAACACCAGGGCAGGAUAAUGCUGAUGAAUCUUUACAAAUGAGAGAAAACAAGAAAUCACACAAUAAUUUUGCUAUUCCUGUGUUAUCAUUGGAACAUUUUUGCUGUUCUCUGCAAGCACAAAACCCAGGAAAUGUGGAGCUAAAGGCAGUUCUGGAUGUAGCUAUGCAGGAAUUACUCUACUACAGCAGACAUCCUUGUGAUCCCGUUUUCUCACUAGAAAUAAGCACCUUUGCUGAUUCACAAAAAAAAAAAAAAGAAAAAAAGCACAAAAUGCCUGUUCAUGAUCCUAUACUUUCAGCCACAUUUUAGUUUUUCCAUUUUGGAUAACACUGAUCACCAGGCUAUGAAAGCACUGAAAGCACUGUAACAGAACCAGGCUUUUUUAACCCCAGAUUGAUUUUGAUUUUUACACAUCCUGAUGUUACUGUACAUAAGUCUUAUGUUUUAUCAGUGGUCAAGUCCUGGAAGCCUGUAUUAAACUUGGACUCCAGGAUGAAUUCUGCUGGAGCGUGCAAA